AUGCUCACCUGGCCCUGCAUGGCAACAGGCAAUGGAGCUCUAGGUCCCUUGGGGAGCGGACCCACGCCCGGUUUGAGAGGCAGCGGGUGGCAGAGGAGGGAGGGCAAACUGGCAGCCCCUGGCAACCUGGGGCUGACGGCAGGAGGCUGGGCGCACCGUGGAUUUCCCUCCACCAGCAGGAUGGUGAACCUGGAGUCUGUGCACGCAGCUGUCCCCGAAGGAGAACGUGGCCCCGGGUGUGGUGGCAGCCAUCACUUCAAGGAGAUCAAGAUGAGCGGCGAUGCGGCGGAUUCCACAGACACUCGGCACGAGCCCGACCAGGUGGAGCCAGGAAGUGAGCAGAAUGGGCUGGACUUUAACAGGCAGAUUAAAACCGAAGACCUCAGCGAUUCCUUGCAAUCUACAAUCCCCCCCAGGUCAGGACACCUUGUACAGGGAUCAUCAAUGAUGCCUGGAAGUCAGAUCGCAGGGGACAUGAGCUCUCUUCACACCCUGCAGCAGCUGGUAUUGCUCCCUGGUCACAUGCAGUCAGUUCCCCAGUUUCUUCUCUCUCAGUCCCAGGCAGGGCAACAAGCUUUGCAGCCAAACCUCCUCUCCUUCCCUCAGCAGCAGGGCAGCCUUCUCCUCUCCCAGCCAGGACCCAGCCUGGCAUCGCAGGCUGUGGGGCGUUCUGGGCUCCCUGGCUCAUCAGUUGAACCUCACCUGGAUGUACCCCAGCAUUUGCAAGUGGCGAAGCACCUAACUCCGUCGGGAGCAUCUGAGGAGCCCAGUGACCUGGAGGAGCUGGAAAAGUUUGCCAAGACUUUCAAACAGAGGCGAAUCAAGUUAGGGUUCACGCAGGGAGAUGUUGGACUUGCCAUGGGGAAGCUCUAUGGCAAUGAUUUCAGCCAGACCACCAUUUCCCGCUUCGAGGCUCUCAACUUAAGCUUUAAGAAUAUGUGCAAGCUCAAACCCCUGCUGGAGAAGUGGCUGAGUGAUGCAGAAUCUGCUCCUUUGGAUUCUUCCAUGAGCACUCCCAAUUCCUACCCCUCAGUGAACGAGAUGUUUGGACGGAAAAGGAAGAAGCGGACCAGCAUUGAGACCAACAUUCGCUCCACGCUGGAGAAAAGAUUUCAAGAUAACCCCAAGCCCAGUUCAGAGGAGAUCUCCCUAAUAGCAGAGCAGCUCUCCAUGGAAAAGGAGGUGGUUCGGGUCUGGUUCUGCAACCGGCGCCAGAAGGAAAAACGGAUCAGCUGCCCGAUGCCGUCCCCCAUCAAAUCACCCAUCUACAACUCCAGACUGGUCUCUACCUCAGGGUCCUUGGGGCCCCUCUCUGUCAACCCGGUGCACAGCACCAUGCCUGGGACAGUAACAUCAUCGUGUUCCCCAGGGAACUCCAGCAGGCCCUCGUCCCCUGGCAGUGCACUCCAUGCCAGCAGUCCCAGCACAGCCCAGAGCAACUCCAAAGCUGCAAUGAACUCAUCCGGUUUCAACUCUUCAGGAUCUUGGUACCGAUGGAAUCAACCUACCUACCUCCACUGAGAUGACUCCUCCAUCGUGUGUAACAGGAGCUCUGACUUCUAGCUAUGGACCAACUUCUCUAGGAACAAUGCUUGGGGCAACAUCUGGCGUUCCAGUGCCUUCAAACUGCUGCCAAAUGAAGGUCUUGUUUAGGGGAGCCCAGAGCAGCAGAACUCUCCAGGGACUCAAACUGCAGCUGACCUUCCCCAAGGAUUCCCUACCACCACCAGUGACAUUUUAGUCCUCUUCCAUGCAUUCACUUCAAGAACGAGCCCUUGCUUAGCACUAUCAGCAUGAAACACUGCCCUCUGCUUGCAAAUCUCUGCAUUCACACUGGAUUGCCUGGCAAUCCCUGAUCUGGAAGGAUUUCUGUGUUAGGACCCUCUUUUUCCCCUCACUCAUUUCAGAGCUUCCCACAGGAAGGGUCUGUCAUGCUGUUACUAUCACGCACACGUACCGUAACCCCCAAACUGAGCCGAGGUAACCCAGUUCAUUUCACCAGAGACCCGUGUCUAGACGUGAGCCUUGGUUUUCAAUAGACUUCCAAGGUCAAUGGCACUGUGCUUUAUCCACCACCAAACCUGCUUUGCUUUGAGCCCUUCUGCCCUGUUUCUGAAGUUUGUUUCCUUUUCCUUUUUUUUUUUUUUUUUUUUUUAAAGUAUUUUAGAGCCUUCUUAUUAUUUUUUUUCCUUUAAAAAAAAUUGCCUCCUUUUGCAAAAUCUGUGUCCAGGUCUUGUUAUUGCUCACAGCUGGCCUCGCUGGAGGAUGUCACUGUAGUAAAACACUGGGUGCACUUCUGAUCCAACUGAACACAAAAGCAGAUUGCGUUGGCUUGAUGGGACGAGGAUUAGUCUUGACCGCCCCUUCUUCUUUCUUUUAUUCAUCCUUUGGGCUUUAUCUGGUACCAAACGAAAGCAACCCCUCCGGAGCAGGGGGGUGCCUGUGUUUGUCCUGAAUUGUAAGUGAUGUAGCUGGCCUGGUCCCUGCAGCGUGCCCUUCGUUCCUGGGGGACAGGUUGUACUGCUCAGGUGUGAGUCUCGAGGAUUUUGUGUGCAAGGUUUCUUAAUAUCAUGAGAGGCCAAAGCGUAGGAAGCUUCAACUGUCACAGCAUAUCGCCAGGGAAAUCGUGGUUACUUGCAACUCGCCUCUUAAAAGGAGGUAGAUAUUUAAUUAUGCAAAAGCAGACUUGAGUAAUACAAAUUCCUGGUCAGGUUGUCAAUGGGUACAGGUAAUUAAUUCAGUGAAACUAGAGUAAAUGAGCAUUUGGUUCACAGGUUGUAAAUAGACAUUUUUGAGUAGUAGUUUUUUUUUUUUUUCCAAUUACUUUUUUUUUUAGGCAAAUGUGAGCUUUUCUUUUUUUUUUUUUUUUCUAAGUAAAGUUAUCUGUUGUCACUUCUUUUGGGGAAAAAUGUAUUUGAUUUGGUUGUUUCUUAUCCUACUCCUUCCGUGCUGUGUGAUGGCACUAUUGCCGUAGUGGGUCUGUGGACCUUAAGAGUUUCUCAGUUACCUUUACACAAAACGUUGAGCCCUACAAGUACGUGGAACUGCAUUUGUCGCUUCGAGCGUGGUACGGUAUAGAAGCAGACACUGAUAAUAACGAGAAAGGAUUGAAAAAUAGAAUGAUAAAUAUUUCCUUUUCAAAUAUUAAAUCACUUUUAAAAAAUGUUCUGAAAUCAUCAAAAGCAACAGCAACAAAGAACGGAGAAAGUGUAUUUCUGUUUCCUGCAUUCCCCACAUCACCCAUUUACCUCUAACUAAAACAUUUUCGUCAUAGCAUUUUUUUUUUUCAGUGGAAACAUUAAAAUUAAAUGAAACUUUCUAUUUUUU